GUGUUUGAUUUAUUUAAAAACCAACCAGUUACUUAUUUAAACUUCAUGGGUCUGGCAAAAAUCUGUUCUAGGGCAAUAGUCUGUCCUUUACGACAAGCAGUGUGGGUCAGAAGCAGGCAGCGGAGUUCCCUGUCAGUCCAAGCUGAUUUUGAAGAAUGGGAAGAAAAAAAUAAUUUUACAGACAUUCUGUUGAUGAGGAAGACUGGGGAUUGUUUCUUGGAAUCUGCAAUUCUGUUCAUGAGAUGACUUGACAUACAACAUGGACAAGAAGGCCACUUGGGAUCGAUUUUAUACUGAAAACCAGGCUGAGCGUUUCAAGCACUUUGACUGGUUCUUUGGCUAUGAUGUGGUAUCUGAAUUUUUGCUGCCAUUCAUCAGAGGAAAACACAGCUUUUCAGUCUUAGAUGUUGGAUGUGGAACCUCAGAUGUUGGACCUGGUCUUUACAAGCAUUCUGCUACUCCAGUCCAUGUUUUCUGUGUUGAUUUUUCAUGUGUUGCAGUUGAACAUAUGCGUCACCAAUUCUUGAACCUUCCCAAGCCAAAAAAUUGUAGAUCUGAGCUACAUUUCAUGGAAUCGGAUGCCACUGAACUUAAGGAGUUUCAGUCACAGUCUUUUAACCUUGUUUUAGACAAGGGGACUUCAGAUGCUUUACUGAGGGCCAGUGAUGGUGCCAAGAAGGCAAGCAAAGUGUUGUUGGAAUGCUUGCGGGUUUUAAAGCCUCAUGGUAAUAUUUUACAGUUUUCUGAUGAAGAUCCUGAUGCCCGCAUUCCAUUUUUACAGCAAGCUAAUAAGGACAGUGGUCAAGAUCUAAGCAUUGCUGUACAGGAAUUGGGCAGCUUUAGAGGAGUCAACUAUUUUAUGUAUAUUAUAAAUUUGCAAGACCUAGGAUCAGUGUUGUAGUGAACCAGACAUUUGAAAUGUGUAACUUGUAAUGUGCAUAGCUGUUCUGAAUAUAUAGCUCUAACCUUAUUUAAUCAAAUGGAAUGUAAAAUAAACUUCUAAAACCAUA